CAAGAAGGGAAGUGGAACAAACGCAGCAAAUAAGGCUAAACAAGCCAAACACCAACAAAGGAAACGGACCAAACGAAAGAAGGGGAACCGCUGCAGUCCCCGCAAUCUCUAAGUCCCCCAUCCUAUUGCCCAGAGUUCGGCAAGUUGAACUUGGAAGUACCCGGUGCCAAAUAAUAAGAGCAGCUCUGGAGUAACCAUGAAAUUGUUCGAAGAUGCGACAUCUUUCGAGAUAUUUCAGUCGAUCCUCAAAGUCGUUCCCCUCGAGGAUGUCUUCUUUGAGUGGUAAUCCUGACCUGUUCGAGUACACUUCUGGGCGCUUUUUAUUCAAUGAAGAGCUCCGCCGCGCCGAACGCCGUAUCCAAUUCGAUAUAGAUGCUCUUGCAAGGGUAGCCUGCCAUUCUGUUGGCCGCCACCUCAAUGGUGUGGCCUCGAUCACGAAACUCGCCGAGCCCGGCUUCAACCGUGUCUUGCAAAUCACCUUCGACGAUGGAUAUGCAAUUCUUGCAAGGCUGCCUUACAAGACGACUGUUCCAAAACAUUAUGCAGUGGCCAGUGAAGCUGCCACACUCGCACUUCUGCUUGCUCAUGGGGUCCCCGUCCCUAAAGUCCAGACGUAUUCUCCAGAUCAGACAAAACCCCGUUGGAACCGAAUACAUUCUACUUGA